AUGACAAAUAGUGACCACUAUCAUGACAGCCUACCGUCCGACGAACCUAUUCGCAUUGGAAUACUUCUCUACCCUGGCUUCCAAGCCCUAGAUGCAUUCGGUCCCUUGGACUGCAUCAAUAUGCUCUCCAGCACAAAUCCCGUCAUUCUAUCUCUUCUAUCCCACACCCUGGACCCAGUAUCAACGAAACAUCCCGAAGAUCCGCGAACUACUGGACAAGAGGUCGUUCCAACACACACAUACGAUGCACCCCCGUCACUAGACGUUCUUCUCAUUCCUGGAGGUCGAGGAUCCCGAGGAUCCGGGCCGAUAGUGCUCGCAGCUAUCAAAUGCAUCAAAGACACCUAUCCAAGUCUGAAAUACUUGAUCACCGUUUGCACCGGCUCUGGACUAGCAGCCCGUGCAGGAGUAUUAGACGGUAGACGGGCAACGACUAACAAAUCGGCAUGGAACGAUAUGGUCGCACUGGGACCGGAGGUGGAAUGGAUCCCGCGCGCGCGAUGGGUGACAGAUGGGAAUAUCUGGACCUCUUCUGGUGUCAGUGCAGGAAUAGAUAUAACACUUGCUUGGAUUGAGAGUGUUUUCGGUGAGGAAAAGGCGAAAAUGAUCGCAGAUGAAAUAGAGUAUACGAGACAUGAAGAUCCAAAUUACGAUCCCUUCGCGAAGCUCUAUGGAUUGUGA